GAUCGCAUACUUCAGAGCAAGGCAUCACUGUUUUCUUAUCAACAAGUUUAUAUUGGAUAUUGUUGUUGAAAGAAUAUAAGUAUCGUUUGAUAUUGACAGGAUGCAAGUCGCAACUAGAUCAUUCAAUAGUAGAUUGAAAAAUUUUCGGUUUAUUUCUAAUUUGUCGGUUUCGGAAAAACUAUUGAGAUCGGGAGUGCUAUCAAUAAAAGAUGAGGUACGCAGAGCUCUACAGAGAAAUGAUCCUAUCGUAGCCUUGGAAUCCACUAUCAUCACGCACGGUCUUCCCUACCCUGAUAAUGUCAAGUGUGCCAUGGACGUAGAGAAUGAAAUUCGCCAGAAGGGUGCAAUUCCAGCAACCAUUUCUAUUCUGGAUGGGGUCAUAAAAGCAGGUCUAGAAUAUGAGGAGAUGGAGUAUAUCGGAAAUGUGGAAAAAAGCAGCCCAGUUAAGACAUCCAGGCGUGAUUUUCCAUACGUUCUAAGCAAAAAUUUAAAUGGAGGUACUACAGUCAGCGGCACUUUAAUCGUUGCGGAUGCUUUGGGUAUUUCAGUAUUCGCUACAGGUGGAAUCGGCGGGGUGCACAGGGAGGGCGAGACGACAUUCGAUAUCUCUGCUGAUCUCACCGAACUGGGAAAAUCUCAAGUGGCCGUCGUUUCCAGUGGAGUCAAGUCCAUUCUAGACAUCCCGAAGACCUUGGAGUAUUUGGAAACGCAAGGCGUGUUCGUCGCAACCUAUGGCACUAAUCAAGAAUUUCCGGCAUUUUACAGCCGCAGAAGCGGCUCUAUGGCACCUUACAGGGUUUCGAACCCCAAUGAAGCCGCCAAGAUAAUUCUAUCCAGUAAAAUAAUGAACUUGCACUCGGGAAUGCUUUUCGCUGUGCCUGUUCCGGAAGAGCAGGCGUUUGACGAAGAAGAAAUCCACAAGGUCAUCCAGGAAGCCCUGGAAGAGGCCAAGAAAAAGGAAAUUCGUGGGAAACAAAUCACGCCUUAUCUCUUGAGGAAAAUUUGGGAAAUGACCCAGGGGAAAUCAUUGCACACUAAUAUUGCUUUGAUAAGAAACAAUGCAAGGGUUGCUGCUGAGAUAGCAGUCCAACUAAAAAAUCUUGAGAAUGGAGCAGAUUCACAAAUAGGAAGAAAGGAUAAUCCUGAUGGCAUUGUGGUUAUUGGAGGAUCAAACCUGGAUCUUUGCGCCAAACUGCAGCAGGAUCAAAUUAAGUUGGACGGAAGAAUGCAUCCCUCAAAACUCUCGUAUGUAGCGGGUGGUGUGGCAAGAAACAUUUGCGAAGCUCUAACGAAAAUGGGAAGCACACCAACGUUUAUCACAGCUAUUGGGGAUGACAAAGCUGGAGAACUUUUGACGUCGAUGAUGCCAAAGCAAAUGAAAGACAAAUCUCAUGUAUUGAGAGGAAAAAAUACAGCUCAAUGUGUGAUUGUCCUGGACUCCAAAGGAGAUUGCUCUCACCUUCUAGCUGAUUUCGAUAUACAUAACGAAAUAACCCCGGAAAUAAUUCAUAAAAAUGAAGAUAUAAUAAGAAGGGCAAAGCUGAUCGUUCUUGAUGCAAACAUCAGUGUGGAAAGUAUGGGAACUAUUUUAAAAUAUGCUACUGAACAUAAAAUACCAGUAUUCUUUGAACCAACAGAUGUCAUAGUAGCAGCUAAGCCCUUUGAGACCGAUUUCUGGAAAGCCGUAAAGAUAAUAACACCUAAUAUAAAUGAACUUUAUUUCAUAGGUUCGUACUUGAAGAUAUUACCUUCUGAAAGAGAAUGCGGGUCUGAAAGUAUUGAGGAUAUUGCGCGGCUAGCCAAGAAAGUAGCCUCUUUCGUGGAAAAUGUGAUAGUAACUUUAGGUACGAAUGGUGUUUUAAUUGCGAGAAAAGCUAGUGCCUGCGAUACUUUUUUGACAAAACCCCAAAAUGGAAAUAUUGAGAUUAGGCACUAUCCAGCAGAAAUAGUAAAAAAUGUUGUUAAUGUUAGCGGUGCAGGAGAUUGUUUGGCUAGUGGAUUGAUUCUUAGCACGUUGAGAGGAUUACCUGAAGAAAAGUGUGUGUCUGUUGGCUUUUCAGCAGCGAAGAAGGCUUUAAAGUCGUCAACAGCUGUUGGUGAUGAUAUGUUCGUUGAAAAUUUGGAAGACUGGGAAGAUUGUGCUAAGUAUUAUGUUGUUGAAACUGAAAUAACUGAAUUGAAUAAAAUGCCACAUACUUGAAUAUGAAUAAAACGAAUUAUUCAUUU